UCUCUUUUUCCCAACUCUAUUUGUUUUUACUUUGCUCACUUCUUUCUCUCAUGGUUCCUCUCUCCCAACCAUGCCCCCUUUUCCAAACUCCAUCUUCUCCAUCCCAAGGUGGUUUGGAGUACUACUUCGACGGGAUUCUCUUUCCAACACCACCACCACCGAAUAUGGGGACGACGGCAGCCCAAUUUCAAUUUCAGGCUCCUUCGAAUGUUACGCCUGCACUCAAGUAGGCGUCCCAGUAUUCCACUCCACCAGCUGUGACCAAGCGCACCAACCCGAAUGGGAGGCAUCCGCCGGUUCGUCCUUAGUCCCAAUAAACAACAAACCCGGAGGAGGAAGGGGGAGGAAAACAGGGCACCGCCGCCCAUCCGGUACAUUCGGUCGGAUCCUUGACCCACGGAGCAAGAGGGUUCGACGGCUUAACCAGGCCUUCCUUCUUGCACGGGGGAUGGCUUUGGCUAUUGAUCCCUUGUUCUUCUACUCCCUGUCCAUCGGCCGGGGAGGUUCGCCGUGCUUGUACAUGGACGUGAGUCAAGCGGCGAUGGUAACGGCUCUUCGCACGUGCCUUGAUGCAGUGCACGUGUGCCAUUUGUGGCUGCAAUUCAGACUGGCGUACGUGUCCAGGGAGUCUCUUGUGGUUGGGUGCGGGAAGCUCGUAUGGGACGCUCGUGCCAUCGCCUCUAAUUACAUCCGCUCCGUUAAGGGCUUCUGGUUCGACGCCUUCGUCAUACUUCCCGUUCCACAGGUAGUGUUUUGGUUGAUUCUACCAAAGCUGAUGAGAGAGGAAAAAAUAAAGGCGAUAAUGACAAUACUUCUGCUUAUGUUCUUAUUUCAAUUCCUGCCUAAAGUCUAUCACAGUCUUUACCUAAUGAGAAGAAUGCAGAAAGUCACUGGUUAUAUUUUUGGCACCAUUUGGUGGGGUUUUGCCCUUAAUCUCAUUGCCUACUUCAUCGCCUCUCAUGUUGCGGGAGGAUGUUGGUACAUCCUGGCCAUACAACGUGUUGCGGCGUGCUUAAGCCAGCAAUGCGAAAGAAGAACAAACUGUAACAUUUUCUUAUUUUGCUCGGAUAAAGUAUGUCAACAAUUCAUGUCGCAGGCUUCUGCUGUAUCAGUUAAUGUUGGUUAUAAUCCAUGCACCAACUCAACCUCUUCAUCAUCAUCCAGAAAGCAACCAUUGUGCUUAGAUGUGAAUGGACCUUUCAGCUAUGGGAUUUACCAAUGGGCUCUUCCAGUUAUUUCCAACAAAUCUUUUGCUGUCAAGGUCCUUUAUCCCAUUUUCUGGGGCCUAAUGACUCUCAGCACAUUUGGGAAUGAUUUGGAACCUACUAGCAAUUGGCUAGAGGUCAUGUUUAGCAUCAGCAUGGUUCUUAGUGGAUUGAUGCUUUUCACUCUUCUCAUUGGAAACAUACAGGUGUUCUUGCACGCGGUGAUGGCGAAGAAGAGGAAGAUGCAGUUGAGGUGUCGAGACAUGGAAUGGUGGAUGAGGCGGAGGCUACUACCGUCUCAACUAAGGAAGAGAGUUCGUCACUUUGAGAGACAUAUGUGGGCUUCCAUGGGUGGGGAAGACGAGAUGCAACUCAUUAAGGACUUACCCGAAGGGAUUCGUAGAGACAUCAAGCGAUUUCUUUGCCUAGAUCUCAUCAAAAAGGUACCCAUUUUCCAUAACCUCGACGACCUUAUCCUAGACAACAUAUGUGAUCGCGUCAAACCCCUCGUUUACUCCAAGGAUGAGAAGAUUAUAAGAGAAGGGGAUCCAGUGCAAAGAAUGGUGUUCAUAGUAAAGGGACGCAUAAAAAGAAGCCAAAGUUUGAGCAAGGGGAAUGUGGGCACUAGUUUCCUUGAGGCAGGAGGAUUUCUAGGGGACGAGCUUCUGUCAUGGUGCCUCCGUCGGCCUUUCUUGGACAGGCUUCCAGCUUCUUCGGCUACCUUCACUUGCACAGAGUCCACGGAGGGGUUUGGUCUAGACUCGAACCACCUGUUGUACAUAACAGAGCACUUUCGAUACAGGUUCGCCACUGAGAGACUCAAACGCACCGCCAGGUACUAUUCUUCCAACUGGCGAACAUGGGCCGCCGUCAACAUCCAGCUCGCUUGGCGCAGGUAUAUUGCUAGGACUAGCCGGAUCAAGGCUCCUAGGAAUAGUGGGUCUGAUGAAAGUGAGGAUGAUCGGAGGCUAAGGCAAUAUGCUGCUAUUUUCAUGUCCAUCAGGCCUCAUGACCAUCUCGAUUAAUAAUAUUUAACAUUAUGGAAAACUCAAAGCUAUUAUGAAAUUCUUUUGUCACGUGUUAUUAUUAUAUAUUAUUAUUAGGAAAAUGAUAUGUAUUUUAUCAUGAGUCAAACAUUCAAUCCAAUCUAUCUAAAGCUUAAUUAAUUCAAA